AGAAGGCCACACGAGGUGAGAGUCUGAGAGAGAGAGAGGAGAGAGGGGGCCCGAAACCAAAGUGCUUUUCCUGUUUUUCCAGGAGUAGUUGUUGUCCUUUCCUGCAGUCAAAUCUGAACACAGUUUCAAUUCAAAAAACAAGAUCCAAACAUCUCUCUCUACUCUAUAUACAACACUCUCCAAGUCUCCAUUUUGAAAUCUUCUCUCUCUCUCUCUCCAUGAAGCUUCUCCUCCUUCUACCCAUCUGGGUCUUCUCCUUGUCUCUCUUCUCAUCACUCAACUAUGCGAGAUUACCACCAUUUAUUUCUCCAAUGUACGAAGGGCCUGUCUUGUCUCCUCAAACCGAACCCAUUUCUCUAAAUCCUUCAGCAAUCUCAGCAGCUCCAUUUGGAAUGCAGGUUGCAGGAGGAGGCGCCCAUCAUCACUUGGAUAGAGAUUUGUUUUUGGCAAUCGUCAUAGUUUCCGCUCUCGGUGGUUCAAUCAUAUUAUCAUUGUUUUGUCUCUGGAUUUAUUGUCGGAAGAGCCUGCAAAAAUCCGAUCUGAAAAGCGUACAGAGUUCAGACGCAAAUAGAGGGCUUGCAUUAGGCCCGAUUUUGGGUAAGUUCAGUUCCUUGAAGACGAUGCCUGGUAAGAAGGGAUCUGUUUCUGUGCUUGAACACUCAUUGCUGGAAUCCGCUACGAGCAAUUUCAGUGAGAGUAAUGUUUUGGGGGAAGGUGGAUUUGGGCGUGUUUACAAGGCCUGCUUUGAUGACGGCUUCCUUGCUGCCGUGAAGAAAAUCGAUAGUGGAGGACAGGAUUCAGAAAGACAGUUCGAGAAUGAAAUUGAAUUUUUGAAUAGAAUUCAGCAUCCGAAUCUUGUUUCCCUUUUGGGUUAUUGCAUUCAUGGCCAGACAAGGCUUCUUGUGUAUGAAUUGAUGCAGAAUGGAUCAUUGGAAACGCAAUUACAUGGACCACAUCAUGGAUCAGCUCUAUCAUGGCACCUUCGGAUGAAAAUUGCGCUGGAUGCAGCUAGGGGACUGGAAUUUCUUCACGAGCGCUGCAAUCCCCCAGUGAUCCAUAGAGAUCUAAAAUCAUCCAACAUUCUUCUCGAUUCCAACUUCAAUGCGAAGAUUUCGGAUUUCGGUCUUGCAGUAACUGUUGGAAGCCAAAACAAGAGCAGCAUCAAGCUUUCGGGCACUUUGGGAUAUGUUGCUCCAGAGUACCUUUUAGAUGGCAAACUUACUGAGAAAAGCGAUGUAUAUGCUUUUGGAGUUGUCCUCUUGGAGCUUCUGAUGGGAAGAAAACCAGUAGAAAAAAUGGCACCAGCCCAAUGCCAAUCUAUUGUUACGUGGGCCAUGCCUCAGCUCACUGAUAGAUCAAAGCUUCCAAACAUCGUCGAUCCUGUGAUCAGGAACAGGAUGGAUCUGAAACACUUAUACCAAGUUGCUGCCGUUGCCGUGCUGUGCAUCCAACCAGAACCGAGUUACAGGCCACUGAUAACCGACGUCUUGCACUCCCUCAUUCCUCUUGUGCCCGUCGAGCUCGGAGGGACACUGAGAGUAGCAGAACCUGCAGCUCACGCAUGCCCAAAAUCAUCCACUUGCUGAUUUUACCAGCCGGAAAUGCAAUUCUUUCAUCCAAUGUGUUUUGCAAGCCUGUGGAAGCACUCAUACUGCAUCACAACAUCCAUGGUUCAAAAUCACAGGUUCUGUAGUUCCAUAUUUGCCACGUUAUGCUCCUCCAGGCUUCCACAUGUUUCUGACUAUUCGCUCGGAAUAUAUUUAGGCUGCGUUUGGACAUACUACCGGAGCAAAUUGCAAUAAUUAGUCCAAUGAAGUGGAAACAACCAAAUUGCAGUCCUUGCUUAGUAAACUCCAAAUCACAACUUCAGGGUAACUACAGUUUGGUCAUUUCCUCUUUAUUUAACUAAGUAUUGCAAUUCAAUUCAGUAGUGCAUCCAAACGCAUAGCCGUUUCUAUAGAAAGGAGCUGACCCAGUUCAGAGGAAAUCUCAUUUGUUUCAUUACUGUUGUAAAUUGAGUAAACUAGAUGCAAGUUGCUUGCUUGCAUCUGAGAAAGAAAAAAAUCACUUGUGCAUAUGUGGGUUAUUCAGACAAGAACAAGUUCGCAAAUUUCUUUGAAAUUCAGAUCAUUUAGUCGUAAUCUUCA